AUGACCGAAGCCUUCGACGAGAGUGUCGACACGUGGACGCCGGAACUGGCGGUGGACGACCGCAUCCGCCAGCUCCUCGACGACCCGGCUAACUACAUCCACGCGUUCAUCCAGAUCAUCCGCUACCUCAAGACGAGAAAGCGCACCGGGUGGUUGGACCGGGGCAUCGACGCCGCCCACACCGAGCUGAUCGCCGACCACAUGUACCGUAUGGCGGUGCUUGCGAUGAUUGUCCCCCGGGACGACAUCAGCAUCGACACCUGUGUCAAGAUCGCUAUCAUCCACGACAUGGCCGAGCUGUUGGUGGGCGACAUCCCCCCCUACGCCAACGUGUCCAAGGCGGAGAAGCACCGCCGCGAGUACGAGACAAUGAAGUACUUGAGUCUGCUUAUCAAACCCUAUAACCCCAAGUUUGCCGAGGAAUUGGUCGAGUUGUGGCUCGACUACGAGGAGAUCAGAACCAUCGAGGCGCGUUACAUCAAGGAUAUCGACAAGCUCGAGAUGAUCCAGCAGGCGUGGGACUACGAACAGCAGUUUGGCUCCAAGUAUAAUCUCGAGGAGUUCUACGCCGCCCGCCCGCUGAUCAAGACCCCCGAGAUCGGCCAGCUCUGCGAUGACCUUAUCGCCCGCCGUAACGCCUGGAAAGCCCAGCAAGACGCCACGCCUCUGGCCUAA